AAAUUUAUCGUGAAUUGGGUCCGCCGUCCACUCAAAAGUAGCUGCCCUUUUAAACCCUUUAUUUGAUGUCCAGAAAAUGAUGCUACAACCUUGUGAGCUGUACUUUUGUCAUUUCCCUUCACAAGUGUAAUAUGUAGUAUUUAUAUCAAAUUAAAAUUUCAAUUUGUGACCAAUUUGUUUAUUUGCUUGUACUUGGAACCGUACAAAUCUACUUAGAAAAAUCUUGUGCUUUUGAUUUUUAAGAAGAAAGUCAGCCUACGCAAAUUAAAUACACUAAUAAUCAACAACCAUAUACUCCUACCACUUGGUUUUCAAAAAAAAAAAAAAAAAAAAAAAAAAAAAGAAAAAAUUAUACUCCUACCACUUGUUCUCUCAUAAAAUAGACAAGCAAAAUACAAAGCCAUUUAAGUUUCAUCUCUUUUUUUUUUUUCAAAAAUUUGUUGCCUUUAGAAUUCUUAAAAAAAUUGGAUCUGCCAUAAUAUACCAUAACUUUCUCGUUUCUUAUCAUACAUAAAUUGGAUGAUCGAAAAAUUCCUAGUAUCUAAAAUCCACAAGUCGAGUACGAAAUUGAAGGCAGGGGAGAAUAUCACAUAUGUUCCAUACAUUAGACUCACAUCAUCAAAUUAAUCUAGCAUGGAUUCCAAAAGGCACAAGCAAUUAAGAUUUGAUGAAAAUAAUGGAAAUGACUUACUAAUGAAAUCAUCAGAUACACCCUCUUCAACAUACAAACACACCAUUCCUUUCACAACAAGCAUUAGAAAUCACCACGAAGACGAUGACAACAAAACAUGGUGGAAACGGACCUUGGAUCCCUCAAGUGAGGUAGCCUUAAUGUGGAACCGUAUCUUCCUAGUAGCCUGCAUCAUCGCGCUAUUCGUUGAUCCAUUGUUCUUCUACGUUGCUGGAGUUGAAACAAAUAAUGAAUCAUUUUGUAUGUCAAGGGAUUUGGAACUAGGUGGUGUUGUCACUAUUAUUCGUACCAUCACUGAUGCGUUCUAUCUGUUACAUGUACUUCUGAGGUUUCGUACGUCUUUUAUAUCGCCGAGUACACGAGUUUUCGGAAAGGGUGAGCUUGUGAAGGAUGCCAAGGAGAUUGCAAGAAGAUAUGUUACUUCGGGGUUUUUCAUGGAUUUCAUUGCUGCUUUGCCUCUUCCACAGAUUGUGAUAUGGUUCAUCAUUCCAGCCAUUAAGCACUCAAAUAAUUCAAGAAGUACAGAUAAUGCACUUCAGCUAAUUGUUUUCUUUCAAUAUUUUCCGAGGGUAUAUAAGAUUUUUACGUUGAGUUCUGAUAUCGUCAAAGCUACUGGAGUUGUCACCAAAACUGCUUGGGGUGGAGCUUCUUAUAACCUGCUAUUGUACAUCUUAGCUAGUCAUGUUGUUGGGGCAGCUUGGUAUCUAAUGUCCAUAGAAAGAUACUCAUCGUGUUGGAAAUCGGCUUGUAGAGACGAAGUAUCACCCAUCAAAUGCCAGCUGAGAUACUUAGAUUGUAGUACUAUAAAUGAUAAUGAUCGUAUCAUUUGGAGAAAUAACACCCAAGUAUUUUCCAAGUGUGAUCCGGAUAGCAAAGAUGUUAUCUUCGACUUUGGGAUAUUUGAAGUUGCAUUGGAAAAAGGCAUUGCCUCUGAGAGAUUCAAGAUCAAGUACUUGUAUUGUUUAUGGUUUGGAGUACAACAAUUGAGCUCGUUUGGUCAGGAAUUGGAAACAAGCACAUUCAUCCUAGAAACCGUGUUUUGCAUAGUCAUUGCCAUAUUGGGUCUGAUUUUGUUUGCUCUCUUAAUCGGUAACAUGGAGACCUAUUUGCAAUCUCUCACUUCGAGGCUCGAGCAAUGGAGGCUCAGAAAACGCGACACAGAAGAAUGGAUGAAACAUCGGCAGCUACCUCCACACUUGCAACAAAGGGUGAGACGAUAUGUUCAGUACAAGUGGCUGGCAACCCGAGGAGUCAAUGAAGAAGCAAUAUUGAGCUCCUUGCCAUUAGAUCUUCGGCGUGAUAUUCAAACACAUUUGUGCUUAGAUCUCAUUCGACGAGUUCCUUUCUUUGCACAAAUGGAUGGUCAAUUACUAGACGCCAUAUGCGAGCGGCUCAAAUCUUCACUAAACACUGCAGGAACUUACAUUGUUCGCGAGGGAGAUCCUGUUACAGAAAUGUUAUUCAUCAUACGAGGAAAACUAGAGAGUUCGACCACAGAUGGAGGGCGGUCAGGGUUUUUCAACUCGAUCACAUUAAGACCAGGUGAUUUUUGUGGCGAAGAGCUUCUAGCAUGGGCUCUUCUUCCGGAUGCAACUCAUUAUCCUUCCUCCACAAGAACAGUCAAGGCCAUCGAGGAAGUUGAAGCCUUUUCAUUAGAAGCCGAACACCUUAAAUACGUGGCGAAUCAAUUUAGGCGUCUACAUAGUAAGAAGUUACAAGACACAUUUCGUUACUACUCUCACCAGUGGAGGUCAUGGGGCGCUUGCUUCAUUCAGGCUGCUUGGAGACAGUACAAGAGAAAGAUGGAUCAAAAUAGUCCGAGCUCGAGUUCGAGUUCAAGCAACAGCCAGAGCAAGUCAUUAUCUGUUUCCUAUACUCAAACGACUUCAUUUGAUCACAAUGAUGAUGAUCACGACGAUCAAAUUAGUGAACUCGGAACUUCAUCUCUGAAUAUACAACAAUUGGCGAGAAGAUUCGUGAGAAAUGCUAGAAAAAGUGGACCAAGAGACAUGGAUAUUGAGUUGCCAAAGAUAAAGAAGCCUCAAGACCCUAACUUUUUUGCGGAUCAUUGAAUAAACACUCCAUUUCUCAACUACUUUUCUCUUUUCUUUCUUUUUUUUCAACAGAGGAAGAUUCACUACUGGUGCCUUAAAGUGAAAAUAAUAUGUGUAGAUGAACUUAUGAAGUGUACUCUUUGGCGGUUUCCUUUUAACACUUUUAUUAGGUAAUAUCUAACCAAUGAGGUCUUGCCAUCCUGGUCUUAUGGCAAAGACGGAGGGUUUAUGAACAUUUAGUCGUAUCUAUGUUGAUAUUCUCU